ACUUCCAUAAUCUCUCAAACUAAUCUGCACUGCAUUAUCCAUUGAUUGUUUGGCUUUUGUUCCUCGUCAAUCCACUUGUAUUCUCUGUAACUUUGUUUUAUCAUCUAUACAUUUCUCAAAACCUUUAAAAAAAAAAAAAGAAAGAAAAAAAGAAAAGAAAAGAAAACAGAGGGUAUUAGAAAGAACAGAGCAGCAGCAUUCUUUGUUCAUUUGUCCAAUUGUUGAUCAAUAUUUCACCGCAAAUCACAACAUGUUUGUGCACAAGGACCAGUCCAAUGUCAUCAAGGUGCUGAGGAAACAAAUUGCUGACUUGGAGGACGAGAAAGAGAGUGUGAAGCGCUAUACUGAAGAUUUUCCCAAUAGCAGAACUGAAGCGCUCGAGAAAUGGUUGGAGAAAACAUUAGAGCUCCUUCAAAAAGCACACGAUUUGGUAGAAGAUGUUGGGAAACGUGGGAAGUCUCUUUUCCAACUUAGAAAGAAGGCGGAGAAGAUAUGCAAGGAUAUUGCUGCACAUGUUCAAGAAGCUCGUGGAUUCUCCGAUAUCCCACUUUCCCAUCGACAAGAGAAAGUGGCUGCUGAUCGUUUUGAGGGCUUUGAAUCGAGAAGUGGUGUUUUGACGGGCAUCAUGGAGGCACUACGAAGUCCUUGCAUCAACAAGAUAGGAGUGUACGGGAAGCCUGGUAUGGGGAAGACAAUGAUGGUUAGAGAAGUUAAAAGAAGAGCUGAGCAAGAGAGGUUGUUUGAUGCGGUUGUUAUAGCAACUGUGGGUAGAAAUCCAGACGUCCCAAGAAUUCUAGAUGAAAUUACAUUUGGCUUGGGUCCGGAUCCUGUUUCCAAUGAACUCACAUCUCUGGAAGCUUCUAAUUCAAACCAGGCAAGGCUGAUAGAAAAGAACGUCCUUGUGAUUCUGGACGAUAUAUGGAAGUUAGGAUUAACUUCGGACCUGCUUGGAAUAGUGAAUGGGAAGCAAAAAUACAACUUAUCUUACAAAAUUUUGCUGACCUCUAGAGAUAAAGAUGUGGUAUCUCAUCUAUCGCAAACACUAAUUGAAAUUGGCAGCUUAGCUAGGGGAGAGGCAUGGAACCUAUUUAAGAAGAUAGCUGAUGAUCCAGAUAAAAGUCGUGGUUUGCCGUUUUAUGCAGAUGAGAUUACCAAGAAGUGUGAGGACUUGCCCAUUGCUGUUGCAACACUCGCAAAUGCCUUGAGAAGAAGGAAUCUGAUUGAGUGGAAGACUACUUUACGAAAGCUACAAAGCCUGCCCUUUGAUCAGCUGAAUUCAAGUCAGAUACCACAAAGCCUGUAUUCAGCUAUCAAGUUGCAUUACAGUGAUUUGAAAAGCAACGAACUCCAACAAAUUUUCUUGCUUUGCAGUCUACUAGGUCAGAAUACAACCAUUCAAAACUUGUUGAAAUAUGGCAUAGGCUUGGGCCUAUUCCCAGAAGUCAAAUCUAUAGAGGAAGCACGAGCUCAAGUGCUAAAUUUGGUGACGAAACUCAGAGAUUCUUCUUUGUUGCUGGAUAGUGGUAGCAAAGACGCAUCAGUCAACCGAUCACACAUGGAGGCGAUGGAGAGCAUCAAAUGGAUUUAUUUAUCAAAUGGGGACACCAGUCUGCUUCCAGAUGAGUUGAAAUGUCCGAAACUCACUUUCUUUCAUUUGUCUAAAGAGGGUCCUGCUCUAGCAAGUCCACCAAACUUGUUUAGGGAUAAGGAAGGACUCAAAGUUUUGAGUUUGUCGAAAAUGAAGUUUUUGUCAAUCCCUUCCUUGAUUUCCUGCCCAAAAAACCUUUGUACUUUGUGUCUGGAUCAAGUUGAGUUAGGAGCCACAAAUAUAGGCACAAUGAUGGGAGAGCUGGAGAAUUUGAAAGUCCUCAGCCUUGCAGGAUCUGAUAUCAAAGAGUUGCCAAGGCAAAUAGGGCAACUAACCAACCUGAAGUUGUUAGAUUUGAGUGAUUGUACCGAACUCAAAGUAAUUCCACCAGGUGUCUUGUCAAGUUUGUCAGGAUUAGAAGAACUAUAUAUGAGAAACAGCUUUGAUCAAUGGGCGGAGGGCAUUGAGGAGCAUGAAAAUCAAAAUGCUAGCCUAGCAGAGUUGCAGCCUUUAUCGUUGUUGACUUCUAUAGAGCUACAUGUUAUUUGCAAUAUUCAGAAGAUUCCGGAAGGCUUGUUCUCUGAAAAUUUGGCAAGAUUCAAAGUUUUCUUGGGAGACAGGUGGAACCACUGGAGUAGUUCACGGGGAGUUUCAAAAUUAUUGAAGCUAAAGCCAGACGCAAGAAUUAGUUCUCACCACUCAGUUAGGAAGUUGCUAAAGAAGACAAAUGAACUACAUCUAGAAGGAUUGAUUGGUGUUAAAAAUGUAGUCAAUGAGUUAGAUAACGACGGUUUCCAAGAAUUGAAGUAUCUCUUUGUCCAAGAUGCUUUGGGGAUUCAACAUAUCAUCUCAGUGAAGCCUGCAUUUCCUGUAUUGGAGGUAUUAGUUCUUUGCAAUUUGGAAAAUAUGGAGAAAAUAUGUCAUGGUCCGCUAGAAGCAGCUUCUUUUAGAAAAUUGAGGAUUGUUGAAGCUUAGACACCUGCAAGUAAAGAAAUGCCAAAGGAUGAGAGAGAUUAUUGUGGCUAAUGGUGAUGAAGAAAAAAAAUUUUUGACUUUUCCUCAAUUGACUUUUCUGGUGAUAGAGGACCUUCAAAACCUUGUCAGCUUCUGCGCAGGAAAUUAUACUGUAGAAUUCUCAUCCUUAAAACAACUACGAAUAUUGAACUGCAUAAAUUUUGAGAGAUUCAUUAAAUUUUUUGCAAGUACAAAUGUCACAUACGACACACCAUCACCCUUGGAGGAAAAGGUAAUUAUUUCUUCAAUUCAGUUGCAUUUUACCUUUAAUUUUAGGAGCUAUAAUUGUUCUAAUCCUUUUGCUCUUAUUGUCAUGAUGUGUAGGCUAUUUUCCCCAACUUUACUAGCACCCACUUAGAAGAACUUAGAACCAGUUAAUUUUAGCAAUUGUUACUGUAUAUAAUAAUUUAGUCUUAUUUUU